AUGAAUAAAAUUAUAAUUUUAAUUUCUUUAUUUUUAAAUUUUUUAUUUGGUUAUGUUGUUUGUUUAAAUGAAAAUAAUCAAAAAUCACAAAACUUAAUAAUACCAACAUAUUCAAUUAAAUUAAAAUCUGAUGGUGAAUAUUUGGUUUAUUCUGGAAAUGAUACAUUAUCAAUUGCACAAGCAUCAUAUACAAAUGAAAUGAUGUCAAUUGGAUGGGGUUACAUUUCAAUCACUACCAAUCCAAAAUAUAAUGAUUCAUUACAAAUUGAAGCAGCAGGUUAUCUUGAAGGUUAUUUAUCAUAUGAAAUGAUUUGGCAAAAUUGGAAUAAUAUGAUGGUUAAUCAAAAUGCUAAUAAUUCAUUUGGAAAUGAUAUAAUUAGUUGGGCAAAAGAGAAUAUUUUAUAUAUGAAUCAACAAAUCCAAUUAAAUCAAAAUGAUCCAUAUUGGAUAAAUGUUAAUUUAGUAUUACAACAAUUAAAUGGUUUAACCAAUGGAUAUAGUGACGCAAAUCAAAAUCCAGAUCGUCAAUUAUCAUUAAUGGAUUUUAUACUUUUAAAUAUGAAUGUUGAAAUUUAUGAUAUUAUGAAUUCUUUAAAGAAUAAUUCAUCAUCAUUUUAUCAACAACCUAAUAAUAAUAGUUUUGAUAAUAAUCAACAUUGCUCAGCAUUAAUUAAAUUAACAGAUGAUUUAACAGAAUUAUAUACAGGUCAUACUACAUGGAGUGAUUAUUAUCAAAUGGUUAGAAUGAUUAAAUCAUAUAAUUUCAGAUUUUCAAAAUUAGUAGCUGCAAAAUCAAAUACUACAAUGUUUUCAGGUUAUCCUGGAGUAUUGAUGAGUGUUGAUGAUUUUUAUAUGUUGGAUUCGAAAUUGGUUGUUUUGGAAACUACAAAUGGAAUAAAAGAUAAUGAUAGUGAGUUAUUCAAACUUAUUAAACCACAAUCAGUUUUAACUUGGAUUAGAAUUAUAGUAACCAAUCGUAUUGCUCAUAGUGGAAAAUCAUGGUGUGAAAUAUUUGAAAAAGAAAAUAGUGGUACCUAUAAUAAUCAAUGGAUGAUAGUUGAUUACAAUAAGUUUAUAAAAGGUGUUAGAGUUCAAGAUGGUACACUUUACGUUUUUGAGCAAUUACCAGGCUAUGUUGAAUAUGCUGACGUAACUAAUAUUUUACGUACUGGUUAUUGGCCAAGUUUUAAUGUCCCUUACUUUGAAACAAUUUCUAAUAUGUCUGGAUUUAAUUAUCAAUCAUCAUCAAGUGAUAGUAGUAGUAGUAGUGGUAGUAUAGCAUAUGAACAAUAUCCUCGUUCACAAAUUUUUAGACGUGAUUCAAAUAAAGUUUAUUCAAUUUCAGAUUUUCAAGCAUUUAUGAGAUAUAAUGAUUUUCAAAAUGAUCCUUUGGCAUAUGGUGAUCCAGGUAAUCAAAUUUCAAGUCGGUUUGAUCUUAUUACUCCUCAAAAUAAUGCUUCCGCUGCUGGUGGUAUAGAUUCUAAAGUAACCUCUUUGGAACUAAUUAAUCAAUUUUUAAUGAUAGCUCAAUCUGGCCCAACUCAUGAUCAAGAACCACCAUUUUCUUGGUCUUCUGAAAACUGGAAAAAUAAAUAUCCAACAAUAGGACAACCUGAUACAUUUGAUUUUGAAUGGGUAACAUUUUCAACAACAUCAUUUGGAUCAUUUCCAUCAGCAUCAAAUGAAAAAAAUUAUUAG